UAUUUCACAGUGUUUUAUAUUGUACAAUGAUUAGCUUGUUUUGUUACAUAAACUGAAAUCAGGCGAAUCAUUAUAAUUUUAGCAACCAGGAACUUUUGGUGGACUGACGCAUAUCUUGCACAAGGUGGCCUCAAACGUAGAUUAGACCAGAGACAGAGUGAACAAAAGCAAACGAACCAACAGGUAAAAAGUUCAGAUUAGAAGCAUUAUAGGGGCUACGAGGCUAGAGGUAUUUUAGCAUGCGAAGGUCAAGGACAAUGCAAAGCACCCGAUUCCCACCACCAUUUACUGUGGCAGCUUCAACUGAUCCAGGGCUCACAGAAGACAUGUCUGAGGGGUGCCAGGCUCUGCCGCUGCCGGACAGCCAGGCCAUUGUUUGUGAUUUAUGUACAGAAGACAGGAAGCCAGCACUGAAGACUUGCAUCAAAUGUGAAAUGUCCAUGUGUACCCAGGACUUGGAGCCACACCUUUCAGUCCCAUUGCUGCUGCAGAUACAUAGCCUGACUGAACCCAUAGCAACCGGGGGCUGGGGGAGUUGGGGCGCCACAAAAUGCCCCCACCACGGUAAGAUUCUUGAGUAUUACUACUGCUUGGACGACCUAACUAGUGCGUGCAUGUCUUGCGCCAUUGGGGAUCAGCUCCGCCCGCGUGACAUCACCCUGACAAGCGACCCGAAUUCUGUUUCAGCUCGCAUAAAGUCCAUCAAGACCUCUAAGAGAACCAUGCAGGCUGCCCUGUCCGAGGGGGACUCCUUCCGCUUCCUCCAGGGUUAUGAAGGGGUGCACCAGGCUGUGGAGAAGGCCCGUGCCGUGGAUCUGAGGAAGGGGCUAGAGCCCGGGGUCGACCGGGACAAGCUGGUCCAGGAGCUACAGCAGAGCGGAGGAAAGCUCCUGUACUAUAACAGUAUUAGGUGUAGUGAUGGGAUGACCUAUACAUACAAACCUCCACAGGCACACGUUGAUUCUCAGUUUAUCUAUCUUUCUGGGAAAAAUGAAGCUCUAUCUGAAACAAUACCCCGUCCCAUAGUGUUAGAAGUGUUCUGGGACAAAACCUCGCCACCCUCCCUGUCCUUCUACAGCAGGGGCAGAUAUCACCAGACGGAACUGCACAGAAUGGAGAUCCGGCAUCAUCAGGGUGACCUAACUCCCUUUGUCACCCUGGGAACAGGAAAUAGCCCAGCCAGUGCCAGACAGUAUGGAGAUUACAGUCAAUAAAAGCACAAUGGAGAGUACGGUCUCUAUGGAGCGAACAUUCAGCCAGAGGAGCAGUGGGGGUGCCCAUGUGGAGCGGUCCAUGAACAACCCAAGACUCAGCAGGCGCAGUAUUUCUAUCACCAGCAUGUGUCUCAACAGGGUCCCAUGUGCACAUGUGAGAGGUUUAUCGGUACGCCGUAUAUAUUUGUUAUUUUAUUUCACAUUUAUUUAACCAGGUAGGCCAGUUGAGAACAAGUUCUCAUUUACAACUGCGACCUGGCCAAGAUAAAGCACAGCAGUGCGACAAAAACAAGAACACAGAGUUACACAUGGGAUAAACAAACGUACAGUCAAUAACACAAUAGGAAAUCUGUAUACAGUGUGUGCAAAUGAAGUAAGGAGGUAAGGCAAUAAAUAGGCCAUAGUGGCGAAGUAAUUACAUUUGAGCAAUUAACACUGGAGUGAUAUAUGUGCAGAUGAGGAUGUGCAAGUAUAAAUACUGGUAUAAAUACUGGUGUGCAAAAGAGCAGAAAAACAAAUAUGGGGAUGAGGUAGGUAGUUGGUUGGAUGGGCUAUUUACAGAUGAGUUGUGUACAGCUGCAGCGAUCGAUGCUUAAAGUUAGUGAUGGGGUGUGUUCUGUGAGCUGGUGUAAUGUCUACACUCUUAGAAAAAAAAAAACUUCGAAGAACCCUUUUUGGUUUGAAUCCUGGCUAGUGUUAAAAAGAAUUGUGGACAUAUCUCAUUGUGGACAUAUAUCAACAUGAGCCUCCCCUCCCGGCUAAUGUUGUGGACAUAUCUCAUUGUGGACAUAUAUCAACAUGAGCCUCCCCUCCCGGCUAAUGUUGUGGACAUAUCUCAUUGUGGACAUAUAUCAACAUGAGCCUCCCCUCCCGGCUAAUGUUGUGGACAUAUCUCAUUGUGGACAUAUAUCAACAUGAGCCUCCCCUCCCGGCUAAUGUUGUGGACAUAUCUAGGCAUAAAAAAACAUGUGUAUCACUCAUCUUAUGUUUUUACAUUUGGCACACAUUAAUUAAGUCAGGUUGUAUACAUCAAUACAGAUAUUCAAAAUACAUUGAAUGAAUUUACACAUUAUUACAUUACCUGUUGAUAGUAUCAACUGUAAUUUCCUUGUUGCUGUUCACACGGGCUGUGGAAAGUUCUAGUGAAAAGAUGUCAAGGAAAUGUAGUAGACAUUGAGUUAUACUAUGUGAGUUAUUGAGUUAUAUUAUGUGGAGGCUUCCAUCUGGUAACUAACAUUAUUUUUGCUGCAGUCAGUCCAGACAAUCACACUGGUUUCUGGGGUACUAUGAUAGUCAGUGAAGAAUCAUUGUUUCGUAAUUAUAUAUUUGGGAGACAUGGGAUGGUGGCCCAACUAUGUUCGUUACAGAGAUGGCAACUUGUGACCACAAAGUUUUCACAUUCGGGCAUCCCCACAUUAUAUGCAUAUUCCAAUGCUGUUGUACUGUAGGAUUCUAAUGUGUGUUGGACUAACAGUGGCUGGAUUUGGGUUUAACAUGCAAGGCAGGACUUUGUCUCCCCCUGCUGGUCAAGUUACCUAACUAUCAUAAUGUUAUCCCAAUGUUCCAAGAACUUCCACCUAUUUAUGUCCCUUAGUCAUAUUUAGUUGACCUCAUCAUUGUCCAAUACAUCAUGUAAAUAGUCAGUUGACUGAAUGUUAAUGCUGAUGUUUCUGUCCAGUUAAAAAAAAAAAUGGCUAGCUUAUAAAAUCUAAAUACAUUGUGAUUCAUGAAAUUACAUGAGCUGGUACACAGAGUACAAUUGAUAUAUGUACUGUAUUUUGUAUAAAUAUAUGGAUCUUUAAUUGUCAUGUUGAGAUUCAAUGUUAACAUGAAAAAUAAACAAUCAACUCUAAAACACAAAUCAUAUGG